AUGCAGACCAUGGAUAUUGAUGACGACACGUAUCCCAUCAAGCCCAGUGUUACAUUUUCAGGUAUCAAUUCAAGUACAAACACACAGCUUUUGUUGCUUACAAUCCUGGAUGAUAUAGGUAUUUUUAACAUUACCAGAGAUAGUUCAAAGACCUUACAUGAUAAUUCCCUGUAAUUCAGCUAAUUUUCAGUGGUGGAAGAGACCCUCUGGAGUUGCUGCAGUGUGUCUGGGGCUGCUGUGUGUUCUCCUACUGGCUGGGAUCAUAGGCCUGUCUGUCUACUGUAAGUUUAGAAGGUUUGGACAGAAACAUUUGUAAACUUCCAUGGUGUGAUAGUUACACAUAUUUGAAUAAUUGAUUAACUUUUCCCUUUUAAAGGUGGAGUUAUUGGUCAUCACUACUCAACAGAGAGAGACCAACAGGCCAGUUACAGCCUUCUGACUAAAGAAGGAGAUCAGCAACCCACCAGUUAUAAUAACUUGACUAAAGAGGUAGACCAGCUACAGACCAGUUACAACACCCUGACUAAAGAGAGAGACCAGCUACAGACCAGUUACAACACCCUGACUAAAGAGAGAGACCAGCUACAGAAUAGUCUAAAUACCAGGACGACAGAGAGAGACCAGCUACAGAAUAGGCUAAAUACCAGGACCACAGAGAGAGACCAGCUACAGAAUAUUCUAAAUACCAGGACCACAGAGAGAGACCAGCUACAGAAUAGUCUCACAACCAAAACUAAGGAGAGAGACCAGUUGCAGAAUAAUCUCACCACAAUAACUCUGGAGAGAGACCAGUUACAGAAUAGUCUAAAUACCAGGACCACUGAGAGAGACCAGUUACAGAAUAGUCUAAAUAACAGGACCACCGAGAGAGACCAGUUACAGAAUAGUCUAAAUACCAGGAACACUGAGAGAGACCAGUUAAAUACCAGGCUUAGGUCCUAUGGUGAGUGCAGUCUUUUAUUUUCUUAAUUUACAAGUAUCAUUUUAUUUCAUACUUAGAAGAGAUUUCAUAUAUUUGUAGACUUUGAAAUGCCUUCUGUUCUAUUUCGUUUAUUUCAGAGAAACCCUGUCUGAAGGAAUGGUGGAAGUUUGGCACCAGCUGUUAUUAUGUCUCCUCCACGAGGGACACAGGCGGGGACGGUCAGCGGCAGUGCAGAGCAAUGGGUGCUGACUUGGUUGUUAUAAACAGCAGAGAAGAACAGGUAAUAGAGAAUACAUUAGUAAUGCUAUAAUACUACUGUUUCUUUAUUAUUAUUAUAAUUAUUAAUCAUUAUCUACAUCUCUGAUUAGUAUUCAAUAUGUGUAAAUAAUUGUAUCACCAAUGUUCAUGUCACUGUCAAUUUAUAGAAUAUACUUCCUGUCAGCAAAGCAAGUUUGCAUGAAAUUAUAUCUAUACCUAUACUAUAGUAUAGCAGCUGAGGCUGCAACCUGAUCUCAUAGUUUCACUUCGACAUUCGACGUAAUCUGGAUGAAAGUCUAUUUUUGACGCAUUCAUUCCAUGUGGUUACAGGGUUAAUUCUGUGAGGUUACAGCGUUCAAACAGAAACAACUCAAAGGGUUAUGGUUAGGGGUUAAGGUUAGGGCAAUUGGUUGGGGAAGGCUUCAAACAAAAAUGAUUAAAAACAACGCUCUGUUUCCAUCAAGUACUCUCCCUCUUGCCUGAGCAUUGUGAACUGCCGUGGCGCAGUCGUCAGUGCAGAUUGGUCUGUGUGGUGUGAGCACACUUCCCCUCCAAGCUUCCUGAGUUUGCACCAGUGCUCGGCAACUUUUUGUAUUUUUUUGUGAGCGCUGAAGAAGGCAUAUAUCAAAGUACUCAGGACCUUUUCAAACAUCCUAAAUCCCCUUGUAUUUCUAUUGACCAGGCUCAGUACAUUAUACUACUACUACUACUAUUAGACUACUACUACUAUUAUUAUUUAUAAACAUGUAAAAGUGUUUCUCUGCUGUGGAGAUUAAAUAAUGGUCAUUGUUUUAUUUACAAAAUGAUAUUAUAGAUAUUUAUCAAUGGAUUUAAGAAGAAUGUCUGGAUUGGUGCAUAUAAAAAAGACGGAAUCUGGAAGUGGGUUGGCAACUCAACAUUUAAACCUACGUAAGUGAACAGGUUCUGGAGGACUUUUUUUCUGUUGUAAUAAAUUACUUUUUACAGUCCGAUAAUCUUGUCCUCAGCCAGAUGUCUCUCUCACUCUCUGUCGAAUGGUAGCAAUUGAGCCUGGAGACUAGGUUAACCGUCUGAUUCUCUAUUUUCUAUUGGAUGAUAUUAAACUCUGAUUCUCUGUGUUGUUUAUAGCUAUUGGAUGGAAGGGGAACCAAGUAACUUGAAUGACAAGGUGGCUUGUAUUGAGAUCUCACAGACGGCAUCAGACCCAUUGAAGAGUUGGAAGGUUGGAAUAUGUACUUCAAAUUACUGGGUGUGUGAAAAACCGUUCACACCGUAGUCUAAUUAUAAUCACUAAUGUAAGCCCCUAUCUUAUGGAGUUGCACUGGUUUUCCCUUUGUUAGGCUUAACGUGUUUCUAUGUGUAUCUAUAUUGAAAUAUGUAUUUGAUGUCUUUAAAGAGACCAGGGCUAUGUGGAGUUUGUCCACCGUUCAUCAGGCCCAGGGGAGUGGAACUGUGGUCUAGUAGGCUCUAACUGUGCUGUGGUCUAG